GAAAAACCCCUCUGAUGUCACACAAAUCUCAAAGUUCUCAUUUGGACUUUGUAAUGGUCAAAGAUUGGGAGGAGAUGGUGAACAAGAGCUUCCCCAAAGAAGCAACAUGAGCAGAUAUAUUUUAGACGUUCUACUCUGCAGAUCGUUUCAGCAUAAGUUAUCAAUCGGUUCAUUCAAUUCAUUUAAUAAUUAAAUUAACUUUCUUAAUUCAUUCGUGUAGUUGAUUUAAUUCAUAAUUGUGAUGUCGUUUGAACUUGAAGCCGGUCCUCUUGAUGAAGACACCAAAGCAAUAGCUGAAAGAGAAUUAAGAGAAACACCUGAGAAUAUCAGAAAUGGUAUCGCUGAACUCAAAAAACUCUUGGAAGAAAGCGAGACUCUGUACUACAGAACUGAUGAUGAUUUCCUGUUGAUUUUUCUACGACCUUGUAAAUUUUAUCCCGCUAGUGCAUUUGCUUUGAUGCAGAGAAUUGCUGACUUCAAAGUUAAAAAUGCUGCACUUCUUGACAAUUUAGUUCCAGAUGAUGAAAAAACAGCAAUAUUAGAAAGCAAUGUGGUCAAUGUUUUAAAAAAUCGAGACCACAAAAGAAGACGUGUUCUUGUUGUAAAUGCUGGAAAAUCAUGGGAUCCAUCAAAGGUUUCAUCUGAUCAAAUAUUCCGACUAUUUUAUCUGGUCCAUGAAGCUGCUAUUUUAGAACCUGAAACGCAAGUCAGAGGUGUGGUUGUUAUUAUGGACUUCGAUGGUUUAUCAAUGAAGCAAGUACUGGGAUUAUCACCAUCGUUUAGCAUGAGAUUGUUAACGUUUAUUCAAGAAGCUAUGCCUUUACGACUAAAAGAGGUGCAUAUCGUAAAGCAGCCUUUCCUCUUUGAUCUUGUUUGGAAAAUGUUCAAACCCUUCACAAGAGAGAAAUUGCGAAAGCGAAUGUUCUUCCAUGGCUCCAAAAUGACUUCCUUGCAUGCACAUUUAGCUCCAAGUCAUCUUCCGAAAAAUUAUGGAGGAGAGCUUCCGGAAAUCGAUUAUACGUCGGCUGAUUGGUAUCCAACUCUUCAAAAAUGCGUUCCAUCUAUUAAAGAAUGGAACUCUUACGGAUAUCGCAAGAAAGAAGAAUAAAAAUGAUGAAAUAAAUCACAUUAAUUUAAACACGUGCUGUGAAUUCAGAAACUAUAUUUUUGUAGAAUGACAAAUUUUUAUGGAAAUGUUGAUAUUCUUAUUUUUUAAAUAUUUAGUUUAAAAUUAUUCAAGAGUGAAUAGAUGUAGAUACAAAUAAGUAACAAUGUUUCUUUGGUUGGUAAAUUAAAAUUCAAGUCAAAUAAAUGAUUUAAUCAAUA